AUGGCAGAAAAUGAUGAAGCAUGUGAAAGACCAGUUCCAACGUCCCAUAAAUGUACCGUCGCAGCUGCCGCCAAAGGCGGCACCGAUGAAUCACCACCCUCCACAACAGCUCCAGCAAACGGCGGCGCCAAAAAAACCCACCUUUACAACCCCACGUCACGCCCAACUUACCGUCCGCGGCUGAACUACUGUUGCUGGACCAUCCUCAUAAUACUCAUACUCAUUCUUUUAGCCGCCAUAACCGGCACCGUCCUUUACGUACUUUACCGCCCUCACCGCCCUUCUUUCACCCUCGCUUCAUUCCGCAUCCACCGCCUGAACCUAACAACCAGCGCGGACUCUGCCUCUUCCCACCUCUCGACCCUUUUCAACUUAACCAUUUCUUCCAAAAACCCGAACGCUUACCUCUCUUUCUCUUACGACCCUUUCACCGUCUCGUGCGUAUCGAGUGACGGCGACGUGUUUUUAGGCAAUGGAACGUUGCCGGCUUUCUUCAGUGGCAGCAAAAGCGAGACUACUUUCAGGGGAGUCGCGGUGGCGACGUCGAGCGACGUAGACGCCGAGACGAUGAAUGGGUUGAGACCGGAGCUGAAGAAGAAAAAGGGGUUCUUGUUGAAAGUUGAAAUGGAUACCCGAGUGAUGGUGAAAAUGGGUAGCUUGAAGAGCAAGAAAGUGGGGAUUAGGGUUACUUGCGAUGGAAUUAAAGGGAUUGUACCGAAAGGAAAGUCGCCGGCGGUGGCUAACGUUUUUGGAGCUAAGUGUGGGGUUGAUCUAAGGAUCAAAAUAUGGAGAUGGACCUUUUAGAGUUUUAUCUCAAAAACUUAGGACUUAAGCGCCUGAAUCAGAAUUGUUUAAGGAUGGAAUUAAUAAUAAAUGGAAAUUUGAUCUUAGGAAUUAAAUUAUAUUUAGUCUCUCAAGUUAAAAAAAUUAUAAAUUAGUCUC